AUGCCUCCUUUGUCAAGAAAGAGACUGUCUAGAAAUGAUGCUAACCGUACGCUAAGAAAUCUGGUGAAAGCAUUAUCAAGUAAAAGCGCACCACGAGAGAGGUCUAUAUCAGAAUUAGCAUCUGAAAUGAUUGGAGAAGCCGAUUACUGGUGGGCAAACAAUAGACCGGGGUUAAUAGAGCAAGCUGAGGGAGACUUUGGUUGGGAUUUGUUCAAAAGGGCUAUGCGAGAGAAAUUUUAUCCGCUGCAUGUUAGAAAGGAUAAAUCGAACGAGUUUGUGCGAUUGGAAAUGGGUAGUAUGACGGUGGAUGAAUAUUAUCACAAAUUUAUGGAAUAUGUCAAGUAUAGUCCUGAUGAUGUACCCACUGAGGAGAAAAAGAUGCAACGUUUCGAGCUAGGUUUAUCUUUUGAUAUUCAAAAACAUAUUGAGAAAGUUUCUGGCCAGGCAUUGGAGAAUAUGUCGGGCUUUUAUCAGAAGAAAGCAAGGAGUUUUGGAAAUUUUCAGGGAGGCGGGUCUAAUUCGAAUUCAGGAAUUAGGAACGACGUGAAGCCUGCUAAGCCAUUAUUGGACCGAGAUGGCAAUGAGAGGAAGUAUUUUUGUAAGAGGUGCAAGAAAAAUCAUCCGGCAAAAGAUUGUGAAGGAAAUCUGAUCGAAUGUAACUUUUGCCACAAAAGGGGGCAUAGAGAGUUUGAAUGCUACAUAAAAAAAGGAGGUAGAAGUCAACAGCCGGGUGGGCAGCACCGGCAAAAGAAUUCAAACAACGCCGGCAGUCAAGUCAGCCGACAGUACGGGAAUGGAAAUCGUGGCAAUGCGGGUCAGAGGUUUCAGCGACCUUUUUAA